AGAAAAAGUAACACAAUCAUUAUCAACAUUCACAUUGCUUAAAUCACAGUUGGAAAAAGAAGAAAUUAAAUUAUCACCCUUAAAAUAAUCACCAGAAUGAGUCAACAGUUCUAGAGUGAGAAUGAGAAAACUUAGGAGAAUUGUAAGAAAAAUAACUAGAGGAACUAGCAGAAAAAUUAGAACGAAAACAGUUUCUUAAACUAUUACAAGACUUUUCCACAAAAUUAAAGAUUUUAGAAAUCUUCUUUGGUUGCUCGGGUCUUGUGUCCUUGCUUGCAGCAUUUUUCGUAACCCAGGUCAUGCUUUUUGCAUUGUGAUUAGAAAAAGAUUUUCCUGUAUGGGGAGGUGGAGAAGAAGAUAAGUUCCUUUUCUUAUUGUUGGGAUAUAUCAUCCCGAUCUAUUACUGUUCAGGGGCCCAAGACUUUACGUAGUACGGAGCCCAAUCAGUAAGGCCCAUAUUAGCCUGUCAGGCCUAUUUCGGCCAUUGGGCCCAUUUCUGCCCAUUCGGUCCCGCCUAGGCCCAAGAGGCCGUUUAGGCCCACUCGGCCCGUUAGGGUAGAGAGCCCCCCUUCCCCCUUCCAUCUAUAAAUAGGAGGGUUUCACCUCCUAAUAAAGGAUCCCGGUUUUGGAGACUUGAUCUCCUACCUCUCUUCUUCCUCCUUCUCUAUAGUAAGCUUGAAUCCUCCAUUAAUGGAGCUUGUAUAAUGUAUUGGUGAGGAGACCAGUAAUAAAAGGAGCGGGCUUGGACAUUAGCUUAAACAGUCCUGUGGUUUUCUCCCUUUCCGGGUUUCCACGUAAAAAUCAUUGUUUAUAUUUUAUUAUCCCUCAUAACCAUGAAACCCUCCCGGAAGGGGUGUUGAACUUCCGGGCUGCGGCGAAUUAACCUCAACACUAGCGCCGUCGGUGGGAAUCUUGUUCAAAAAGAUUUCACGUGUUCUUGGCAUUUCUACAAAAAAAAUUCAUACGAAGUGGACUGAUUCCAGCAAAAAGAAGGAAAAACUACUGAUUUGAACGGGAGGAAGAGGAUUCGGAAAGAUCUGGGCUGUCUGGAUCUUGCUCCGUUUUGCUGCCGCCGCCGGAGCAUCGCCGCCGCCAGAGCAUCACCAUACCGCCAUCGUCCUCGCCGGUCAACUGCUGGCUACUCCCCCACCUGGUCGGUCGCCGUUCGAGCUUCCACGACUCGGCCGACGCAACCAGUGGGAUAUGCCGGUGGAGCUUCAUGAUUCCGCCAUUAAUGGUAGUUUACGAGCUCAGAAUUAGUAGGUUCAGUAGUUCGGUCGAGCUUCCGCCGGAGAUGAGCUUUUCGGCCACCCUUGCUCUGCUGCGACUGCCAUCUCCACCGGCGGGAAGUGGCCGACACGAACAGCCUGCGCUUGGGUUGGUAGGACGGUGCUCCACUUGCCCUUUCUAAAAGAUAUACUCCGCACAAAAUGCUUUGAUUUUGGUCUAGAGCAGACCACGUCCUCUGGAUAGUGGUGGCAGAUGGGAAAGGAUGGGAGCAUCCUGACCAAGUCAGAAUUGGUACAGAGGAUGCAAUCUGACUCUACAGUCCCUGCCGGCCGAGGCUUUAUCUCCAAAAGCUAAGUGCAUAUACUUCAAGAUUUUACAUUUAAUUGCUAAUAGCUUUAAAGUAUUAUUGCUAGUAUUAUUUGUUAUCACCAUUAUGUAAUAGGGAUUAAAAUAUCCCGAACUAAGUAAUGACCAAGCGAAGCUCUAGUGAUAAAUGUCCAUCGUCAUUUUAAUUAAAUGACUGUGUUGGUAGGCUUGUGGGCCCACCCCGGCCAGCUUUAAUAUACGACCGAAGCGUAUUUGAACGACCUUUAGUAGGAUAAGUAUUAUUACUACUGCCCCUCAUAUCACUAUUAUUUAUUAGGGAUUAAAAUAUCCCAAAGUUAAAUAACGCCGAGCGCAACUCCAAUGAUAGUUUAUCCCAUCAUCAUUUCAAUGUAGAUAAUUGUUUUUAGUGGGUCCGUUGGCCCACCCUCGAUCGGCUUAAUUAGCGAUCCGAACGUCUCCAGAGGGAUCUGCCCCGAUGACGCAUUUUAAUUAGGGGGUUACACAUUAGUCCGCACGGCACCAAUGGCCCGAGCAACGAUCGUACCCUAGUACCAUCUGCGCCACCAGACGCGAAGUGACUGUUGCCAAACGCAACCUAUGGGGCCCAAGGGCACCAAAGAUGCUCAACCUCAUUUUUUCGAGGGCUGAGCAGCAACGUAGGUCUGAGUUUUCAAACUCGCGGACCAGUAUUUUUCUAUGCGACGUUCGGCAAGCCACUAAGUGGCCCCGCCCCGGACGGCCAUAAUCCCGCACGAUGAACCGGACCGAGGGUCACAAUAACCCAUAGGCCGGCAAUCGCGAGCGUUGGAAAAAGAAUAAAGCCACGUAGAUGGCCAUAUGUGUAUAUAUAUAUUGUCGAGCCGAGCGGCCCAUUACCAUGUUAGUUAUGCAGUCAAGGUUGCUCAAUGCGCCCAAGAAGAAAAUUAAAUGACGUUCGGCAUGGGUUCAGAGGACGUUCCAAACCGGCUAAAGAAAGGGGCCGCGAGAUGUUCGUACUUCCCAAAGAGGCCGAGGGCCACGAGGAGACCGGUGCGGGCAAUAACUGUGAGACGAACAUCUCCACACCAGGAGCCAAUGGCCCAGAGGAGACCAUCACCGCCGAGGGCCGUGAGACCAUCCUUACAUCACGACCGACCUCACAGAACGGCGUGUUUACACCUUGGAGACCGGUAUCAUCAUUGCGCCGCGCAGACAAGAGCCAUUGCAUGGAAAUACUUGAUCGGCCCCUCAUGACCGACACACGUAUAUCCCGAACGGCCUCUCGGCUGAGCAUACAUCACCAUAUUCAAAGACCCCUCAAAAAAAAGCAAAAAAAAAAUCAGAGGGGCACUGGGGGAAUCCCCAAAGGGGAUAAACCCGUUUCUCAUCACAAUCGCGGUCGAGCCCAGCUCAGGAUCCAAAGGACCGGGCCAAAUGGGCAGGUAAGCGAACGGAUGAAGGAGCAAAGAUUCCAUCCAGCUCAGAAAUCGGCCCCCAGUGCCGACAUCAUUUCAUGGCCCCGACCCCCUGGUACGGUGCCAUUAUCAUAUUGAAGACCGGCCUCGUCCCCGCUCCUCGCGGAUGAGGACCGUUGAUUAUUUCAGAUCGGCUCCCACCGCUGACAUCAUUUCAUGGCCACCGACCCCCUGGUACGGUGCCAUCGUCAUAUUAGAAGACCAGCCUUGUCCCCGCUCCUCGCGGAUGAGGACCGUUGAUUUAUUCUUUCAGAUCGGCCCCAGCGCCGACAUCAUUUCAUUGCCACCGACCCCCUGGUACAGUGCCAUCAUCAUAUUAGAAGACCGACCUCGUCCCCUCUCCUCGCGAAUGAGGACCGUUGAUUUAUUCUUUCAGAUCUGCCCCAGCGCUGACAUCAUUCAUGGCCACCGACCCCCUGGUACGGUGCCAUCAUCAUAUUCGAAGGCCGACCUUGUCCCCGCUCCUCGCGGAUGAGGACCGUUGAUUUAUUCUUUCAGAUCGGCCCCAGCGCCGACAUCAUUUCAUGGCCACCGACCCCCUGGUACGGUGCCAUCAUCAUAUUAGAAGACCGACCUCGUCCUCUCUCCUCGCGGAUGAGGACCGUUGAUUUAUUCUUUCAGAUCGGCCCCAGUGCCGACAUCAUUCAUGGCCACCGACCCCCUGGUACGGUGCCAUCAUCAUAUUCGAAGGGCGGCCUCGUCCCCUCUCCUCGCGGAUGAGGACCGUUGAUUUAUUCUUUCAGAUCGGUCCCAUCGCCGACAUCAUUUCAUGGCUCGACCCCCCGGUACGGUGCCAUUAUCAUAUUGAAGACUAGCCUCGUCCCCGCUCCUCGCGAAUGAGGACCGUUUAUUAUUUCAGAUCGGCUCCCACCGCCGACAUCAUUUCAUGGCCACCGACCCCUUGGUACGGUGCCAUCGUCAUAUUAGAAGACCGGCCUUGUCCCCGCUCCUCGCGGAUGAGGACCGUUGAUUUAUUCUUUCAGAUCGGCCCCAACGCUGACAUCAUUUCAUGGCCACCGACCCCCUGGUACGGUGCCAUCAUCAUAUUAGAAGACCGACCUUGUCCCCGCUCCUCGUGGAUGAGGACCGUUGAUUUAUUCUUUCAGAUCGGCUCCCAGCGCCGAGAUCAUUCAUGGACACCGACCCCCUGGUACGGUGCCAUCAUCAUAUUAGAAGACCGGCCUUGUCCCUGCUCCUCGCGGAUGAGGACUGUUGAUUCAUUCUUUCAGAUCGGCUCCCAGCACCGACAUCAUUCAUGGCCACCGACCCCCUGGUACGGUGCCAUCAUUAUAUUUGAAGACCGGCCUUGUCCCCGCUCCUCGCGGAUGAGGACCGUUGAUUUAUUCUUUCAGAUUGGCUCCCAGCGCCGACAUCAUUCAUGGCCACCGAUCCCUUAGUACGGUGCCAUCGUCAUAUUCAAAGACCCCUAAAAAAGAUAUAGAUAAGAUAUGGGCUGUGGAACAUCUUCACGCUUAAGGUUGAUCCAGAGGACCCGAGGGCCUGGAGACUAGCAUUUCCAUUCCAGAGGACCCGAGGGCCUGGAGACGAGCACUUCCAUUCCAGAGGACCCGAGGGCCUGGAGACGAGCACUUCCAUUCCAGAAGACCCGAGGGCCUGAUGACGAGCAUUUCCAUUUCAGAGGACCCGAGGGCCUGAAGACGAGCAUUUCCACUCCAGAGGCCGAGGGCCUGGAGACGAGCAUCCACACCCUGGAAGACCCAAAGAGAGAGAGAGAAUGGGCGGUUACGACAAGCAGAUGGGGACCACCGUCUUAUGCAAUACGAUCGGCCCCUCAGCGCCAUCGUAUCCAGUUCACGGUCGACUCGUCCAUUCCUUCCAGGAUGGCGACCACCGUUUUAUGCAACACGAUUGGCCCCUCACCGCCAUCGUGUCCAGAUCAUGUGCGGCCCGUACAUCUCUUCCAGGAUGGCGACGGACGCCUUACGCAGACCGAUCGGCCCUGCAGUGCCGAUCGUGUCCGGUUCAUGUGCGGCUCGUACAUCCCUUCCAGGAUGGCGACGGAUGUCUUACGCAGCAUGAUCGGCCCUGCAGUGCCGAUCGUGUUCGGAUCAUGUGCGGCUCGUACAUCCCUUUCAGGAUGGCGACGGACGUCUUACGCAGCACAAUCGGCCCUGCAGUGCCGAUUGUGUCCAUGUGCGGCUCGUACAUCCCUUCCAAGAUGGCAACGGACGUCUUACGCAGCACGAUCGGUCCUAAAGUGCCGAUCGUGUCCAUGUGCGGCUCGUACAUCCCUUCCAGGAUGGCAACGGACAUCUUACGCAGCACGAUCAGCCCUACAGUGCGGAUCGUGUCCAUGUGCGGCUCGUACAUCCCUUCCAGGAUGGCGACGGACGUCUUACGCAGCACGAUCGGCCCCUGAGCGCCAUCGUGUCUAGUUCACAUUCGACGUAAGACCACAUCGUGGCAACGACUGUCUUACGCAGCACGAUCGGCCCCUGAGCGCCAUCGUGUCUAGUUCACAUUCGACGUAAGACCACACCGUGGCAACGACUGUCUUAUGCAGCACGAUCGGCCCCUCAGCGCCAUCAUGUCUAGUUCACAUUCGACGUAAGACCACACUGUGGCAACGACUGUCUUAUGCAGCACGAUCGGCCCCUCAGCGCCAUCGUGUCUAGUUCACAUUCGACGUAAGACCACACCGUGGCAACGACUGUCUUAUGCAGCACGAUCGGCCCCUCAGCGCCAUCGUGUCUAGUUCACGGUUGGCUCACCCAUUCCUUCCAGGAUGGGGUCCACCGUCUUAUGCAGCAUGAUCGGCCCCUCAGCGCCAUCGUGUCUAGUUCACGGUCGGCUCGUACAUCCCUUCCAGGAUGGCGACCACCAUCUUAUGCAGCACGAUCGGCCCCUCAGCGCCAUCGUGUCUACUUCACGGUCAGCUCGUACAUCCCUUCCAGGAUGGCGACCACCAUCUUAUGCAGCACGAUUGGCCCCUCAGCGCCAUCGUGUCUAGUUCACGGUCGGCUCGUACAUCUCUUCCAGGAUGGCGACCACCAUCUUAUGCAGCACGAUCGGCCCCUCAGCGCCAUCGUGUCUAGUUCACGGUCGGCUCGUACAUCCCUUCCAGGAUGGCGACCACCAUCUUAUGCAGCACGAUCGACCCCUCAGCGCCAUUGUGUCUAGUUCACGGUCGGCUCGUACAUCCCUUCCAGGAUGGCGACCACCAUCUUAUGCAACAUGAUCGGCCCCUCAGCGCCAUCGUGUCUAGUUCACGGUCGGCUCGUACAUCCCUUCCAGGAUGGCGACCACCAUCUUAUGCAGCACGAUCGGCCCCUCAGCACCAUCGUGUCUAGUUCACGGUCGGCUCGUAAGACCACACCAUGGCAAAGUAAGACCAUACCUUGGCAAAGUAAGACCAUGCCGUGGCAACAAACGUCUUAUGCAGCACGCUCGGCCCCUCAGUGCCAUCGUGCCCGGUUUACCGAUGACAUUCACUGAUUUGUAUCACAUCUUACAUACCCUCUCUCAUACAUUGCACUCAUACAUCACAUGCAUUCAUACAUUCAUGCAUCAUCUCUCAUACAUCCAUACAUACAUGUACAUCAUACCGAGCUAGUCUCCCGUAUCGUCAGCUUAUAUUGUGCAGGAACCUCUAAGCUUCUCCAUUGGAAAGCUCGGGUCAGAAUCCUCUACUCCCACCUGAUACAGUCAGAGGGAGAGUGUCCAGGGAAGAACAUCCCUCGCAUGACCUCGUCAGGAGGGGAGCGCCUUACCGGCAGGGUAUACUCAGAGGGGCAGACACCCACACAUAUAUUAUGAUUAUUCGAAGACACAGUUCCGGCAAGGCAGAGGAAGAGCACAGACAAAAGUAUAUUUUUUCGAGCAGAUUCGCACACUCUCUACUCAAGAAACUGGGGGACUUGUGUUGGGAUAUAUCAUCCCGGCCUAUUACUGUUCAGGGGCCCAAGACUUUACGUAAUACGGAGCCCAAUCAGUAAGGCCCAUUUUAGCCUGUCACGCCUAUUUCGGCCUUUGGGCCCAUUUCUGCUCAUUCAGCCCGCCUAGGCCCAAGAGGCCGUUUAGGCCCACUCGGCCCGUUAGGGUAGAGAGCCCCCCUUCCCCCUUCCAUCUAUAAAUAGGAGGGCUUCCCUCCUAAUAAAGGAUCCCAGUUUUGGAGACUUGAUCUCCUACCUCUCUUCUUCCUCCUUCUCUAUAGUUAGCUUGAAUCCUCCAUUAAUGGAGCUUGUAUAAUGUAUUGGUGAGGAGAUCAGUAAUAAAAGGAGCGGGCUUGGACAUUAGCCUAAACAGUCCCGUGGUUUUCUCCCUUUCCGGGUUUCCACGUAAAAAUCAUUGUUUAUGUUUUAUUAUCCCCCAUAACCAUGAAACCCUCCCGGAAGGGGUGUUGAACUUCCGGGCUGCGGCGAAUUAAUCUCAACACUUAUUAAAAUAAUUUUUCUUUUUGUUCUUUUUAGAAAAGAAAUUUCCAAGAGAUUUCGUGCCUUGAGAGUAGGGAUGGACCCAACCGGUUCGGCCCGGCCCGGAACCGGUCCGGCCCGGCCCGGAACCGGUCCGGCCCAUCAUUGUGCGGGCCCGAACCGGCCCGGUUGGUGCUAACCGGGCCCGGGCUUUUACCCGGUUGGGGAGGGUUGGGCGGGCCGGACUCAAGCUCUGUAUUUGUUUAACCGGCCCAGGCGGUUCGGGCCGAGCCCCGGGCGGUUCAGGCUUGGCCCGGGCGGUUCAGGCCGAGCCCUGUUUUUGUUUUUCUUGGUUAGGGCUGGGUGUUUUGGAGGGGUGAAGGGGGGUGGGGGUGAAGGGGGGAGGGGUCAGGGGUUAAUUUGAAGGGAUAAAUACCGUUAUAUGACCAAAUCUAAUCAAGUUUCCGAGAAUAUGACCAGAGUUGUUUUUCUUCGUGUGUAUGACUAAAAAUAAAUUAAGAAUUUUUAACCGAUUGUAAAUGACUGUUUGAAGGACCAAAAUAUCCUUAUAAAUAAAUUGCUUCUUCCUCGCGGUAUCAGUGAAAGCGGGCGGCAGGAAAGGAGGGAAGUACUCCGUAAAUUAGCAACGCGAAAUUGCAGCGUGUGACCUAUUAUGCGUUUAGUCUAAGUAUUGGUUUUAUUAAUGCGCUAUGAUUUAUGAUUUUUUAAUGUCAACCCAUGUACCAUUCGUAUUAUACGUAAUCAAGGCUGCAUGUUAUUCCCUUACAAAGAGAGUUGAAUGGCUACAUUAAAGUGCAUAUUUCUAAUGCAAGCACUAAAACGUGACUAGUUACGACUAAAAUAUUGCACUUUCGGUUCAUGCAGGUGAUACUGCUCUACAUUACUGCACUACUUGUCAUAAUCACUGCACUUUCCGCCAAUGUUAUGACACAAUCUAUUGCAUCCGAUUCGUUGCACAACACACUUCCUCAAUGGAAAUAGCACAAUGCAAAAAAGGAAAACAAGAAGAGCAUUACAGAAAGGAAAAAAAAGAAGGAAACAAAAAAAAGGUAGGAAAUAAAAGUAAAUAUAUAAACUAGUCCCAUGGGAAGUCGCUGGAUUGAGACCUUGUUCUCAUGCUAUGACGCCUUUUAUUCUUCUGGGUUUUUUUGUAUAUUUUCAACUGCGUGUUCAAAUUUUCAGUUGGCAGACAGUUUUCUGCGGUUAUGAAAUUGGCUUUCCAGCAAAUUUCCUUAUUGAAUUUGGACUUCCUAAUUUCUUCUGGGUACGAAAUAGGAGGACAACGUUCAAUUUCUGUUGCAUGCCCCAAGAAGUCAUCUGCGAAGAUGGAGUCUUCGGAAUGAUCAAAAUCGUCAAACACACAUGAGUAAGCCUCGAUCGGUGGCAAUUGCGGUAGUUUCCCAGAAGAGAAGACAUGUUCAAUAACAGUACCGACUGCCAGGGUUUGUUGAUGUAAAAUUAAUUUAGAGAUGGAUGUGGGAUCCUCGUAUUCUAACAUGAUCCCUUGUUGGAGAGAGAUUGAGUCGUCCUGCAAUGGUUUUGAGAGCCCUACAAAAUUAGAAAAAACAUUAAGGAAUUUAAAUAAGCUCGAAUUAUUUGGUCCCAUAGGUAUCUGAAUGGAUCCCCUCUUUUGUUUAGCCACUUUCACAUAGUAGCCCGCUCUAUUAUUUUCUAGAGAAAUCGUGAUAUCUCCGAAUCACCUUUUUUCCUCAAACUUUGACUAGCCAGGAUUCUUAAGCUGAUAGAUGUACCCGAUAAUUUGGGGAAGAAGCUCUAGUUUGAAUUGAAUCUUAUGCAUAAGAGACCUUUUAAUUUCAAAGAGGACCAAUUCUCUUUUUUUCCACUUGCAAAUUUAAAAGAUUUUGAUUCAAUUUUGACCGAUUCAAACCCAUAUUCUCCAAAGAAAAAGUAUUUUUCUCCAACUUGGAAUAAAUCAGUAGAUGCCCCGUUUACUUCCGUCAUGACCAUUUCGGUACUGGUAGUUUGAUUUUUUGAUCCAGAGGGACCUGCCUGGUCCGGAGCUUGUAUUAUUUCUAUGUGCCUGGUCAGAGGGCCAUCCGUGACCUGUUGUGCGCAGGUUAUGCCUUUGUCAUUCCUGAAUAGAUCUACCCAUGUGAGGGCAUGGGCUGUUCCAGCUGAGGCAGUCCCCACGACACCUCUAAUGUCGACGACAGGCAUAUCUGUGAGGACUGCCUUGAGAGUGACAAGCACUAUUAUAAACUUAGAAUGCACUUAUUUCCUGGAAAGAUAUCUAAACAUUCAAUUGGACAUAAUGCAUAAGAACAUUGAAUUUAAGAAGAGAUCAGAUAUUACACUUCCUCUUCUUAAAAAACAUAUAGACCUUAGAAUAAGUCCAAUCAUUUUUUAUGCGUAAUGAUAUAUUGAACCUAAACCUGAAAAAUCCAACCAUUUUCAGAAUAUAUAUCAAAGUAUAAAAAGUUCAGCCAUUUGUGCUUUUAUGCAUAAUGAUAUGUAUUGAUUAAUUGAAACCAAAGAUGAAAAAUCCAUUUCCAGAAUAUCAACCUUCUUUUCAGAUUUUCAUAUUCUCACAGCCUUUCAGAUUCAUAAGUAAACCACUAAAAUUAGGAUAAAAGAGCUAUGUAUUUAGAUACCUUUAAUAAUAUUUUGAUAAUAAAAAUACAUCAUAAACUUAACUCAAUGGUUUCAUGUGCUAAAGCAGCAAUGAAGAAUAAUCCCAUUAAUUUGUCAUUCAUUUCCAUCAAUGGCUGAAUGGAAUGAAAACAAUCUCUCUGGAUGAAACAAUCUCUGGAAUUGAAAUCAAGUAAAAAUAAAGAUAUUGGAGAUGGAUUGGUUUUAUUCAAUGAAUGAGAAACUACAAUGCUUCAAGAGUACACUUCCUUGAAAACAGAAACUACAUGUUACCAAACCGAUCUCCAGUAAAACCUACAGACCACUUAAAUUAUAGAAUAAACUGGACAGAGCCGAGCGACAGGCUAACCUGAUCUCAUGGAAGUACGAAGGAUGCGACUUAGCACCUGGCAGAACCGACCGGGAAACACUCGAUGUGUCAGUUGGUAUAGAUAGAUCGAUCGAUUUCCCUUUGCAUACGGUGUUUAUGUUGAAGAGAAGCGACACCUUCGGUAAUACGUAGUAUCAUGAAGACUUGAUCAGGCAGGAUCCUACAUUUUUUGGGCCCAGGGCAAUAUAAACAAAGUAGGCUUCGGGGAUAUCAUGUAAAUAUUUACUACGUAUAUGAAUUUUUUGUUAUAAAAUAUAUAGUAAAGUUAAAUAAUUUUGUCAUCCAAAUACGAGUAUAACAUCAAAUAAAUCAAUUCGCCUACUUUGUUUAAAUAAAUAACGAUCCUCCUGAAGCCUCGACUUCAUAUCAACCACAUGAGGAUGAAAAUCCGAUAUUUUAUCAACCUUAUGUGGAUGAAGGUUUAGCUGAAAGAUUUGAAGAUGUUUUAAAAGCAGCCGAUCAACCCCUGUAUGCUGAUUGUGAGGGAUACUCUCAGCUAUCCGCCGUUACAGAGUUUAUGAACAUAAAAGCUGAAUACAGUCUCCCUGAAACUUGCAUGACUAGAGUCUUGCAGCCAGUAGGCGGGAUGCUACCAUGUGAUCAUAACCUCCCCGAUUCAUAUUACCACAUGAAACAAUUAAUGUCUAAGUUGGGGUUACCUUAUAUAGAAAUUGAUGCGUUCCCGGAAGGAUGUAUGUUGUUCUGGAAGGAUGAUGAGGCACUUGAAUUCUGCAAGUUCUGUGGUGGAAACAGAUACAAACCUGUUCCUCAAAGUAAAAAGAAACCACGAAAUAGGUCGGCAUUAUCUAAACUGUAUUACCUCCCAAUAGCUCCACUACAUCAGAGGAUGUGCACUUCGACUGCUACUGCGAAACACAUGACAUGGCAUGUUGAGCACAAAACAAAAUAGGGUAUUACAUCUAAACUGUAUUACCUCCCAAUAGCUCCACCCAUCGUGUCUAGUUCACGGUCGGCUCGUACAUCCCUUCCAGGAUGGCGAUCACCAUCUUAUGCAGCACGAUCGGCCCCUCAGCGCCAUCGUGUCUACUUCACGGUCAGCUCGUACAUCCCUUCCAGGAUGGCGACCACCAUCUUAUGCAGCACGAUUGGCCCCUCAGCGCCAUCGUGUCUAGUUCACGGUCGGCUCGUACAUCUCUUCCAGGAUGGCGACCACCAUCUUAUGCAGCACGAUCGGCCCCUCAGCGCCAUCGUGUCUAGUUCACGGUCGGCUCGUACAUCCCUUCCAGGAUGGCGACCACCAUCUUAUGCAGCACGAUCGGCCCCUCAGCGCCAUUGUGUCUAGUUCACGGUCGGCUCGUACAUCCCUUCCAGGAUGGCGACCACCAUCUUAUGCAACAUGAUCGGCCCCUCAGCGCCAUCGUGUCUAGUUCACGGUCGGCUCGUACAUCCCUUCCAGGAUGGCGACCACCAUCUUAUGCAGCACGAUCGGCCCCUCAGCACCAUCGUGUCUAGUUCACGGUCGGCUCGUAAGACCACACCAUGGCAAAGUAAGACCAUACCUUGGCAAAGUAAGACCAUGUCGUGGCAACAAACGUCUUAUGCAGCACGCUCGGCCCCUCAGUGCCAUCGUGCCCGGUUUACCGAUGACAUUCACUGAUUUGUAUCACAUCUUACAUACCCUCUCUCAUACAUUGCACUCAUACAUCACAUGCAUUCAUACAUUCAUGCAUCAUCUCUCAUACAUCCAUACAUACAUGUACAUCAUAUCGAGCUAGUCUCCCGUAUCGUCAGCUUAUAUUGUGCAGGAACCUCUAAGCUUCUCCAUUGGAAAGCUCGGGUCAGAAUCCUCUACUCCCACCUGAUACAAUCAGAGGGAGAGUGUCCAGGGAAGAACAUCCCUCGCAUGACCUCGUCAGGAGGGGAGCGCCUUACCGGCAGGGUAUACUCAGAGGGGCAGACACCCACACAUAUAUUAUGAUUAUUCGAAGACACAGUUCCGGCAAGGCAGAGGAAGAACACAGACAAAAGUAUAUUUUCUCGAGCAGAUUCGCACACUCACUACUCAAGAAACUGGGGGACUUGUGUUGGGAUAUAUCAUCCCGGCCUAUUACUGUUCAGGGGCCCAAGACUUUACGUAAUACGGAGCCCAAUCAGUAAGGCCCAUUUUAGCCUGUCACGCCUAUUUCGGCCUUUGGGCCCAUUUUUGCUCAUUCGGCCCGCCUAGGCCCAAGAGGCCGUUUAGGCCCACUCGGCCCGUUAGGGUAGAGAGCCCCCCUUCCCCAUUCCAUCUAUAAAUAGGAGGGCUUCCCUCCUAAUAAAGGAUCCCAGUUUUGGAGACUUGAUCUCCUACCUCUCUUCUUCCUCCUUCUCUAUAGUUAGCUUGAAUCCUCCAUUAAUGGAGCUUGUAUAAUGUACUGGUGAGGAGAUCAAUAAUAAAAGGAGCGGGCUUGGACAUUAGCCUAAACAGUCCCGUGGUUUUCUCCCUUUCUGGGUUUCCACGUAAAAAUCAUUGUUUAUGUUUUAUUAUCCCCCAUAACCAUGAAACCCUCCCGGAAGGGGUGUUGAACUUCCGGGCUGCGGCGAAUUAAUCUCAACACUUAUUAAAAUAAUUUUUCUUUUUGUUCUUUUUAGAAAAGAAAUUUCCAAGAGAUUUCGUGCCUUGAGAGUAGGGAUGGAC